UUAAACGAUCGCUCAGUCUCAUAAGUUAAUAUGAAACUAGAAGAAACGAUGGCUCGAUUUAGCUACUUUAUGACGAUCAUCAGUAUUGCACUGUUGUGCGUUUCGGCGGAAGAACUCUACUCUGAUCGAUACGACCAAAUUGACGCUGAGGAUAUACUUCAGAAUGAUAAAUUGCGAGAUCAAUACUACAAUUGUUUUAUGGAAACAGCACCAUGUGUAACAGCAGAUGCGAAGUUCUUCAAAGAGAUUGCCAGCGAAGCUCUCCAAACUAAAUGUAAGAGAUGUACUGAAAGACAAAAGGAAAUAAUGAACUCAAUAGUGGAUUGGUACACAAAAAAUAAACCUAAACAAUGGGAAGCUUUUAUCGCAAAGACUAUUGAAAAUCUAAAAAAGAAGAACCAGAAUGCAUAAUUGCUAACAACUGCUGAAAUAACUCAAACGAGGAAAGCACAGAAAAAAAAUAGAAAAUGAA